AUGGCCCUUUUGAUAUGGUUAAAGUUUGUCCCACUAGCCCUCCACAAGGGCAAUUCGGAUAAUUUGGAUAGAGGACGAGCCUCCAAAUCAAACUGUGUUUUUGUGACAUUGGAAUCAUUUUAUCAGAAAAGUCUGCUGCUUGCCACUGGUAUCAUAGUUGCUGGUGGGACGGCUGCUGCAUACAUGCAUUCACGAAAUAGCUGUAAAAGGUCUGAUUCUUUUGGGCAUUACAAUGGACUUGAAGAUAAUAAAGAGCAGUUGGACAUGGUUCUUGGAAAUGAUAAUAUUGUGAAGACAAGUAGGCAGAAGAAAGGAGGAUUGAGGUCACUUCAGGUUCUAGCUGCAAUUCUCCUAUCUCAUAUGGGUCAAAUGGGUGCAAGAAACCUUCUGGCUUUAGUAGGCAUAGUGGUGUUUCGAACUGCAGUGAGCAAUAGAUUAGCGAAAGUGCAAGGAUUCUUAUUCCGUGCUGCUUUUCUUCGACGUAAUAUGGUGUACUACAAGAUUUCCCAUGUUGACGGCCGUAUAACUAAUCCAGAACAACGAAUUGCUAGUGAUGUACCGAGAUUCUGUUCAGAGUUGAGUGAUCUUGUACAGGAGGAUCUUACUGCUGUUACUGAUGGUCUGCUCUACACUUGGCGCCUGUGUUCAUAUGCAAGCCCAAAAUAUGUUUUUUGGAUUUUGGCCUAUGUAAUAGGAGCAGGGGCGGCAAUCAGAAACUUCUCUCCCGCUUUUGGGAAAUUGAUGUCCAAAGAACAACAGUUGGAAGGAGAAUACCGACAGCUCCACGCACGGUUAAGGACCCAUGCAGAAAGCAUAGCAUUUUAUGGUGGGGAAACUAGAGAAGAAUCUCAUAUUCAGCAGAAGUUUAAGACUCUUGUUCGGCACAUGAGUGUUGUUCUUCAUGACCAUUGGUGGUUUGGCAUGAUUCAAGACUUCUUAUUAAAGUAUCUUGGAGCAACUGUUGCGGUUAUCCUGAUCAUCGAGCCCUUCUUUUCUGGCAAUCUAAGACCUGAUAAUUCAACUUUAGGACGAGCAGAGAUGUUGAGCAAUCUAAGAUAUCAUACUAGUGUUAUAAUAUCUCUAUUUCAGUCCUUGGGCACUCUUUCGAUAAGUUCAAGACGGCUUAAUCGUUUAAGUGGUUAUGCAGAUCGUAUUCAUGAACUCAUGGUUAUAUCUAGAGAGCUAAGUGUCCACGAUGUAUCUUCAUUUCAAAGAACUGGGAAUAGGAAUUAUGUUAGUGAAGCCAAUUACAUCGAGUUCGAUCAUGUCAAGGUUGUUACCCCCACUGAUAAUGUUUUAGUGGAGGACUUGACUCUCAGAGUUGAAUCUGGGUCUAAUCUUUUGAUUACAGGUCCUAAUGGUAGCGGUAAAAGCUCGCUUUUCCGAGUUUUAGGUGGCCUUUGGCCACUUGUGUCUGGCCAUAUUGUGAAACCUGGGAUUGGUUCUGAUCUCAAUAAGGAGAUUUUCUAUGUGCCGCAACGACCAUAUACGGCUGUGGGAACUCUACGCGACCAGUUAAUCUAUCCUCUCACUGCAGAUCAGGAGGUCGAAUCUCUCACAAACAGUGGAAUGGUUGAGCUCUUGAAAAAUGUUGACCUGGAGUAUCUUUUAGAUCGUUAUCCUCCCGAAAAAGAGAUAAAUUGGGGUGAUGAGUUAUCGUUGGGUGAGCAACAAAGACUGGGAAUGGCCAGACUCUUCUACCAUAGACCCAAAUUUGCUAUUCUUGAUGAAUGUACUAGUGCAGUGACAACUGAUAUGGAAGAACGCUUCUGUGCUAAAGUUCGAGCCAUGGGAACAUCAUGCAUCACAAUAUCUCAUCGUCCUGCACUGGUUGCAUUCCAUGAUGUGGUCUUGUCUUUGGAUGGUGAAGGAGGCUGGCGUGUUCAUGACAAGAGGGAGGACUCUCCAGUUCUUACUGAAGCUGAGUUUAAUAACAUGAAGCCUUCUGAGACAGACCGCCAAAGUGAUGCAACAACAGUUCAACGGGCAUUUAUCAGCACUAAAAAGGAUCCUACAUUCUCAAAUUCGAAGGUUCAAUCAUAUUUUUCAGAGUUAAUUGUGGCAUCUCCUGCUGGGGAUGAUGAUUUUCCAUGCCCUGUCGUUGCACAACUCCAAAGUGUUCCUAGAGUAUUGCCACAGCGGGUAGCUGCCAUGUUCAAAGUGCUGGUACCCACAGUCCUUGAUAAACAGGGGGCACAACUCCUUGCAGUUGCUGUACUCGUGGUCUCAAGAACAAUGAUAUCGGAUCGUAUUGCCUCUUUAAAUGGUACCACUGUGAAGUUUGUGUUGGAGCAAGAUAAGGCAGCUUUUAUUCGGUUGAUAGGUGUUAGCAUCCUUCAAAGUGCUGCUUCUUCCUUCAUUGCACCUUCUUUGCGGCACUUGACAGCCAGACUUGCUCUUGGUUGGAGGAUUCGUUUGACUCAGCACUUACUGAAGAACUACUUGAGAAAGAAUGCAUAUUACAAGGUCUUUCAGAUGUCGAAUGUAAAUGUCGACGCAGAUCAGCGAAUGACUCAGGAUUUGGAGAAGUUAACCACUGACUUGUCUGGGUUGGUUACUGGAAUGGUAAAGCCAACUGUCGAUAUUUUAUGGUUCACCUGGAGAAUGAAGCUGUUAACAGGUCAAAGGGGAGUUGCUAUAUUAUAUGCUUAUAUGUUAUUGGGUUUGGGUUUCUUGAGGAAUGUUACUCCUGACUUUGGUGACCUGACAAGUCGAGAACAACAGCUUGAAGGAACUUUCAGGUUCAUGCAUGAGAGAUUGCGUACCCAUGCUGAAUCUGUUGCUUUCUUUGGGGGUGGUGCUCGAGAAAAAGCGAUGCUUGCAAAACUCCAUACUACUUCCUAG